AUGUCCAAGGCUGCCGUUGGUACCAAGUUCCGCAUGUCGCUUGCCCUCCCCGUUGGAGCGGUCAUGAACUGCGCCGACAACUCUGGAGCCAAGAACCUCUACGUCAUCGCCGUGUUCGGUACCGGUGCUCGUCUUAACCGUCUCCCGGCCGCUGCCGCCGGUGACAUGGUUGUCGCCUCCGUCAAGAAGGGCAAGCCCGAGCUGCGAAAGAAGGUCAUGCCCGCCGUUGUCAUCCGCCAGCGCAAGCCGUGGCGCAGGCGCGACGGUGUCUUCCUCUACUUCGAGGACAACGCCGGUGUCAUUGUCAACCCGAAGGGAGAGAUGAAGGGAUCGGCCAUUACCGGCCCGGUCGCCAAGGAGUGCGCCGACAUCUGGCCCCGUAUCGCGUCCAACGCCGGUACCGUCGUCUAA